AUGAUCAUUACUAUAAUAAUAAAAAGAGAAUUUCAUAAUGCAUCAAUCAAUGAAAUUCAUGAUUUACAUUACACAGAAUUCGUUCCUGAUUCUGUUUACCCUCCAAUUCCAGGAGAAAUUCAUAAAUAUUAUGGAAAUAUUCAUUUUAAACAAGUUAAACUUCCCCCAAGUUCUAUAAACAACAGUACCUAUCGUUACUCUAGGGAUUCAGAAAAUAUGAGUAUUUAUGAAGCAACCUCUAGUGGUCAUUUAGCAAGGGUCAAAGAAAUUUUAGCGCCAAAAGGUUCUGGUGGGAAAGUUACAGAUUUCUCGCGUGCCAAUAUUGCAAAUUCAUCUUCAGGUUUAACACCACUUCAUUAUGCUGCAUCACGUGGUCACUUGGAUGUUGUUAAGUGGCUAGUAGAAAGUGCUGGUGCCAUUGUUGAUUUAGAAGAUCAGACUGGCGAAACUGCUCUUUUAAAAGCCUCUUAUAAUGGUCAUACAUCGGUUGUCGAUUAUCUUUUACAAAAAGAUGCAAAUGUUUCACAAAAAGAUAAUGAUGGAUGGACUGCAUUACAUAAUGCAUCUGCACAAGGACAUUAUUAUAUAGUCAGGUAUUUGAUAGAGUAUGCUAAAGCUGAUGUUGAUGUUGAAAAUAAUAGAAAUAUCACACCUUUAAUGAAUGUUGCAUCAAAGGGACAUAUUGAUAUAGUCGAAUAUCUCUUAAAUUAUGCCGAUGCCAAUCCUUUUAUCAAAAACAGUUUUGGAGAAACUGCUUAUGAUGCAGCAGCAACAAGCAAUGAAGUUUAUAUUUGCGAAUUGUUAGAAAAAGCUGAACGUGACUGGUGGAAAGGAGGAAGACCAAUCCCUGAACCCAAAUCUUUUAGAGAUCUCGAAAUAUCUUUACCACCAAUCAAUCAGCCAUAUGACGUUUUUACUUUUCAUAUAUCUGUACCAAUCAUUCUUCAUGAAAACCAAAGAGCAUCUUCGGUUUUUCCAAUGGCACUCCGUGGACCACCAAAAUAUUCAGCAGCAAAUCUUUUGAAAACUGAUAAUCGUGUAGCUUGGUCUCUUCAUCCUAGCGGUCAACCAUCAUCCAAAGAGGAUGUAAAACUUCCUGUUGGACCUAAUUCUUCAUCGAUAUCAAUAAUUUCUAAUGCAACCACUACAAAAUUACAGAAUAGACAAUGGUUUUGGGUGGAUGAAUGGCAAAUAGAUAUGUCUUAUCCACAUGUAGAUGAGGAAGGAUGGCAAUAUGCUAAAAGUUUUAAUGAACCUGUUUCAGAAUGGACCGCUUAUCCACCUCCAAAUGCCAACAACUGGGUAAGAAGAAGACGAUGGGCUCGUGUGAUGAAACGCCGAAUGAGUCUUAGCGACAGUGGACUACACUUCACUAAAGAAUCUCAGUUGUAUGAUUUGAACUAUAUCGAACAAGCUGAAAUGAUAAUUCAAACUUAUCAAAAUAACAAAAAAGGAAGAAAAGAUGACCCAUAUGGGCAGGCCAAUUCAAUUAUGGCUGCUCUUAUACAACAUGCUGAAGGUUUAGAAGGUUUGACAAAAAAUGACAACGGUGUUCAAAUUGCAUCAUCUCGUAAUAAACUUGGAUUAGAAAUAAAAAAUCCAAACAGCGAUAUUACAAAUAAUGGAAUGGUAACACCUAACAGAGCAUAUCCAAAGAUAGGUUUAAAUACUACAAAUGUUCCUGCAAGCACCCUUAAACACCCAAAAUGGGAAAAUGAUGAAAAUGUACAAGAGUGUCGUCAAUGCCAAAAGAAAUUUAAUUUUUGGAUUAGAAAACAUCAUUGCAGACGAUGUGGACAAGUUUUUUGUGACAAAUGUUCGUCUGCUCGAGUUUUUAUGUCUCCUUUACAAGCAUUAUAUGAUCCCUCUGUUCCUAAUGACUCAUCCGCAUCAUCACAAUACCAUCGUGUUUGUGAUUCGUGUAAUGAGUCUGCCGGGCAUCUUUCGCGUUCAAAGUUCAACAGUUUUGUUUCAUAG